AUGGCAGCCGCGUUCGACCGGGCCGACGAGGACGCCUCGGCGCAGGUCAAGGUCUUUUUUACGACCACCGAGCAGGAUGCCGACCUACAGCUGCCCGAGUCCAAGCGCCCGCUGAUUGUGCCCGCCGACAUCCGCCGUUAUGGCCUCUCGCGCAUCCUCAACUCCGAGUCUAUGCUGGCGACCGACCGGCCCGUCCCUUUUGACUUUCUCGUGGACGGCGCCUACCUCCGCACGACGCUCGAGGAAUACCUGCGCGACAAUGGAAUCUCGUCCGAGACGACGGUGACUCUGCAGUAUGUGCGCAGUCUGGUGCCGCCCGUGUUCGAGGCGAGCUUUGAGCACGACGACUGGGUCAGCUCUGUGGACGUUUCGCCGUCGGUCGCUGGCGCCUCUGGCCGGCUGCUGUCGGGCUCCUACGACGGCCUGCUGCGGCUGUGGAAUGCCGCCGGCCAGGUAACAACGACGUCGACCGGUGCCGCACAGGGCGGCCACACGGCGGGUGUCAAGGCAGCACGCUUCGUCACGGCGACGCACAUUGCCUCGGCGGGCCUAGAUCGGACGGUUCGCAUCUGGAAGUACAGCGCGGCGGACGACAACGAGGGCGGUGAGGAUGCCGUGAUGGCGGACGACGGCGGUGUCUCGUCUUCUGCAGCCCCUGCGCUGCUCAAGCCGCUUCUCGAGCUGUACGGUCACAAGGGCAGCGUCGAUUCGCUCGCCGUCGACGCCGCAUCCAAGCGCGUGCUUUCUGCGUCCGUGGACGGCGGCGUCGGUCUGUGGUCCAUUUCCAAGUCGUCUGCCCCUGCGGCCCCCGAGUCGCUACUGCCCGGUGCCGGCAGCGCGGCGGCUGCCACCAACAAGAAGCGCAAGAUCUCAUCGGCGUCGGGUGCGACCUCGGACGUCCCUCGCCGCGGCGCCCUGACGCUGAUCCAGGCGCAUAAGAACGCCGCUGCCACGGCCGCCAUCUUUGACCCGCGUGACCGCACUGUCGCCUACUCGGCCGGCCAGGACCAUGCACUGUGCACGCUUGACUUAACGACGGGCCAGGUGGUCAGCACUGUGGCCACGUCGCACGCACUGCUGUCUCUGUGUGCCGUAGGCUCCAAGUCCUCGUCGGGCGGCAGCGGCAGCGGCCGCCUUCUGGCUGCUGGUAAUGCGGCGCGCAACGUUGUGCUCGUGGACCCGCGCGCAUCUGUGGCCACGACGGCUGUAAUGACGCUGCGAGGGCACGUGAACAAGGUAGUGGCACUGGCAGCGGCACCGGACAACGAGUACUCACUGGUGUCCGCGUCGCACGACGGCACGUGCCGCGUCUGGGAUCUGCGGAGCAGCCGCAAGGCUGUCGACGACGACGCGGCCGCAGCGCCGAGCAAUGGCGAGAGCGCCGGCACAUCCAAUCUCACGUCCGUCAGCGAGGCUGUCUACGUCAUCGAUCGUGAGGGCCGCGAGGGCAAACGGCGGCCGCUGGCCGGCGAGGGUGUCAAGGUCUUUGACGUUGCCUGGGAUAAGACCUGGGGCAUUGUCAGCGGUGGCGAAGACAAGCGGGUGCAGGUCAACCGGGGACGCGACGUUGUGGCGUAG